UUACAAGCGGUUAAACAAAUUAACAGUUCAGAAAACAACUUUACAAGUGGCCCGAAACAAAUUUACAAGCGGCAAAUCAAACGGAAAGGGUAGGUACAACACACAGGAAGUGCUUGUUGCUGACCUUUUGUGUCAUUCAAACUGUUUUGCGAGGUCGAAAAUGAAUAGAGUUUGUAGCGAUUAGCACUGCCGGGCGAAGAUGUUUUGUCCAUUUUGUGGUAACCAUUUUAGCCAGUUAGCUUGCUUUUGUUAUUCUUGUGGGAAAUGUUUAGACUUUCUAAAAGAGGCUCCCCAGAUGGAAGAUGUGAUACGUUGUUGUAUUGGCUAUUUCAAUGAAGGCCACUCCUACAAUGUAAUCGUUGACAUGAUGUCCUUUGUACAUGGUGUAAACAUUAGCUUGCGGUGUCUUAAAACUAAACUUACAGAAGCCGGACUAUAUCGUAGAAAGGAGUAUUCCUCCACAAACGCUGCCAGGAAUGCCAUCAGGUUGGAGCUUCGUGGACCUGGUCAACUUUUUGGCUACCGAACGAUGUGGCAAGUACUCAGGCAAAAGUACAAUUUGCGAGUAAAGAGAGAUGAUGUUAUGGCUUUACUCCGGGAGCUAAAUCCCCGAGGAUGCGAGAAGAGAGCACGCAGAAGGUUUAUAAGAAGAACUUAUCACUCGAUGGGGCCGAAUUAUAUGUGGCAUGCUGAUGGUUACGACAAACUAAAGCCAUUCGGAUUUGCUAUUUCUGGAUGCAUUGAUGGAUUUUCACGUAAAGUACUGUGGCUUGUAAGUGGACCAACAAAUAACAAUCCAUCAGUGAUCGCUCACAAUUUCCUAACUUGUGUGCGACACCUUGGUGUUGUGCCCAUGAGGCUGAGGACCGAUUGCGGCACGGAGAAUGGCAUUAUGGCUGCAAUUCAAUGUACCCUACGUCACCAGCAUGCCGACUACUACUCGGGAGUGUCUAGCCACAUGUAUGGCUCAUCCACGAACAAUCAACGUAUUGAGUCGUGGUGGUCCAUAUUCAGAAAGGGAAGGUCUCAAUUCUGGAUGGAGUUAUUUGCAGACCUCAGAGAUGCAGGACACUUUAAUGGAAGUCGUGAACAUCAGUGCUUGCUAAGAUUUUGCUUCAGUGAUGUCAUACAGAAGGACCUGGAUGAAUGCAGGACUCUGUGGAAUAGUCACCGGAUUCGCCCUUCUACAACCGCAUCAUGUCCUGGAGGAGUGCCUAAUGAACUGUACUAUUUACCACACAGAUUUGGCUCCAGAGACUGUGGAUUUAGGAUUGAAUGUACAGAACUGGAUACUUUCCCCGAAUCAAAUCAGCCAACGCAUUCAUGUGGUGACAUGAACAUGCAGGAGUACUUGGACUUUGUUAUGGAGCACAGUCACCUACAGAAGCCAGAGAACUGGGAGUCUGCAUCAGAACUGUAUAUACAUCUUAAAGAAAUCGCUCAGUUAUAAUUUGUUCUGUGUACUACAGAUCUAAUAAUGCACACAUUAAUGGAAUAGUGUCUCAAGCGUGUGAAGAGUAACUUGUGCUGUCCGUGAAUUUUAAAUUUUACUGGAAAAACUUUCAAAUCUGUCCUAAAUUAUUGUAAAUAAAGUGAAAUGAAAUGAAAUAAACUGGAGUAAAAGUAAGGCAAAAGUAUAAAAUAUUUAUUACACUAUUAUUUAAGUAUCAAAAAUAAAUAUUUAAUUUCAAGUA